CAUCAUUCAUCAUUCAUCAUUCAUCAUUCAUCAUUCAUCAUUCGUCAUUCAUCAUCCAUCAUUCAUCAUCCAUCAUUCAUCAUCCAUCAUUCAUCAUUCUUCAUUCAUCAUUCAUGAAGAAACAAAAACAAAGCCGGGGUAGAUAUCGAGACAAGGCCUAUGCAGUGGCGGCAAGAAGACUAAUCAAAGUAUCUUACCAAGGAUCUGGUGAAACUAGUACGACGGGCUCUCGCUUUGUGUUUUACGGUGAUGCUGGUAGAGGGCAUGGUUCAAGAAUCCAGGGAAAUAUGAAAAGAAGUACUGACAAACUUCAAGAAGCCUUAGUGAAUCAUCGUCAAGUUGUUUCCACAAGUGAAUAUCGCUCCUCCAAGAUUUGCUCUUUCUGUGAUGCUCCUAUUCAACCCCCGAACAAAAGAAAUGGUAAGGCCAAUCUUGGUGUGAUUACAUGUAUCAAUCCUGAUUGUAUCUCAAGAAAAGUAUGCUGUCCAUCUCGUGAUAGAGACGCCAAUGCCGGGAUCAAUAUCUUGAAAAUCGGUUUAUAUCGUGAAUUGACUGGCGAACACCACCCAUCAUUUACAAGAUCAACAACUACAGGAACUACUUCAGCAUUCUCAUCAUCAACAAUUAUCAACAACUUUGGUUCUGCACAUCUUGAAAAGAUCAUGCGGGAUCUCCAUCCUGUGUGAUGGUGGAAUAACUUAUUUAGGGAUUUCUUCAUAAAACUUCGUCUUCAUUCUCUCUCCACCACAUUGUUUCUCUUUUUACUUUCGUACCCAUUUAUUAUUUUAUUCC